AUGACUACUCAAGCUCGGGAUCGCCCAGAGUCAGUCGUCGCUGACUUGAACAAUGCUUCUGCGCCAGGACAACCCGAACAUGAGAUCACAGCCGUUCAAGAGAAAGGUAUCAAAGGAGAAAUUGCUGUAGAAAAACCAUAUAGUAUUUACACACAUAGCGAGAAGUGGAUCAUAGUCUCUAUUGCUUCAGUGGCAGGUCUCUUUAGUCCGCUUACAUCUAAUAUCUACUUUCCUGCCAUUCCAACCAUCGCAACCGCGUUUCACAAGUCCAUUGAGCUUAUCAAUUUAACCGUCACUGUCUACUUGGUACUUCAGGGCGUCUCGCCCAUGUUCUGGGGAACGAUGGCAGAUAGACUGGGCAGAAGGCCUAUAUUCCUUGUCUGUCUUUUCGUACUGUGUCUGGCUUGCGUUGGUCUCGCGCUAGUGCCUACCUCUGAUUAUUGGUUACUGAUGCUCCUCCGGUGUCUUCAAUCUGCGGGAUCUGCUAGUACUGUUGCUCUAGGUGCCGGUGUAAUCGGUGAUAUUGCUACUCGCUCUGAACGAGGUGGCUUCUUUGGAUUGUAUAGCAUGGGCCCUAUGGUGGGCCCGUCCAUUGGUCCUGUCAUCGGGGGUGCUUUGGCUGGUUCAUUGGGAUGGAGAUCAAUAUUCUGGUUCCUUUGUAUAUCGACAGCCGUGUGUCUUGCCUUCAUGAUAGCAAUUCUACCCGAAACAUUGCGUAGGCUAGUCGGCGAUGGCAGCGUAGUUCCGUCACGUAUAUAUCGUCCACUGAUACCUAUCGUUGGUCGUGGACGGAUAAACUACUCCGCGGGAAGACCGUCACCGCAGCCACUCACCAACCCUCUCCGUAUUUUCACAUAUCCAGACGUUGCUGCUCUUUUAUUUUUCAACGGCGUAAUUUAUGCAGUUUUCUAUGGUAUAACGACUUCGAUAUCCUCGCUUUUCGUACAGGCAUAUCCGUUCCUCACCGAAACUGACGUCGGUUUAUGCUUCCUAGCAAUUGGAGGUGGCAUGAUGUUUGGCAGCAUUUUUAUGGGAAGAUUUUUAGACCGAGACUAUAAAUCAAUGAAAAACCAGAUGAUUCGUAAAGCUGAAGCCGACCCAGAACACCGCAUCAACCCAGAAGACGUUACUAUGGACGAACAUUUCCCAAUCGAGAUGGCAAGACUGAGGACGAUUCCCAUAUAUCUUGUUAUCUUCGCUGCUUGCACAAUUGGUUAUGGAUGGUGUCUACAAGAGAGGGUCAACUUAGCUGGACCUUUGAUACUACAGAUCAUUCUUGGUUAUACCAUGAUAUCUGUGAUGAAUACGGUUCAAACACUCCUGGUGGACUUGUUACCAACGCAAAGCUCAUCAGUCACUGCAUGCAACAACUUGGUCCGGUGUUCAUUGGGUGCGGCUGUCGUAUCAACCAUCGACCUAGCUUUAACCGCAAUCGGAAUGGGGUGGACCUAUGUUCUGUUCGGGUGUAUCAGUCUCGCCGUUGGUCCUAUAAUCUGCAUACGACACAACAAGUCCCGUUUAGCUCAGUUGGUAGAGCGCGUCACUAGUAAUGACGAGGCUUAUAAGCCGAACGCCAGGCCGUUUCUCUAUUCAU